AUGGGCAACGAACUCGAUUACAUGCUGGAUCGAAACUACACAGCAGCUUCACGCCUCAAUUUCCAAUUCUACCUAUGGAAAGAAUCACUCCAAUUCAACCUCCACCCCUCCAUCGACCUCGGCCCUGCCGGUGAGACUGUCAGAAUCGCCGAUCUAGCCACAGGCACCGCAAUCUGGCUUUGCGACCUUAUGCGGGACCCAGCCAUGACGCCAUACACUCUGCAGCUGGACGGUCUGGACGUGGACCUGAAGAAUGCCCCUGCACCAGAAUGGGUGACGCCCUCCAUCAGUCUCCGCCAAUGGAACAUCUUUGACGAAGUCCCUGAGGACCUGCGCGGAAAGUACGACGUCGUCCACCUACGCCUUCUCGUCCUGGUCGUGCAGGAGAGCAACCCUCUCCCCAUCAUCGAUAAAGUUUUUCAGCUCCUGAAGCCAGGUGGAUACAUCCAGUGGGACGACCUGAACUAUCCUGACACGAUCGUGGCCAAGCCCCCCACUGCACAGCUAAGCAACCAGGCCAGCCCAGCGUGCGAUGCAUUCGUGCAAUUUGCCCAGUCUAACGGACGUAAUGAUUGGGUGCUGGAUCUACCACAAUCGUUGAUGGAUGGGCAUGGUGGAUUCGUUAAUGCCGAUCUGUUUCAUUUUAUCGAUCGGCCGGAACUCUGCAAGGCGAAUGGAGACCAGUAUAUACUCGUGCUAGAGGAAUUUGCCUCUCGGCUGAAGUCUGCGGGAAAGGUGGAGGAGGCGUCUCGUAUCUAUGACAUGAUUAUUGGGCUCGCUGAAGAAUCGCGAAGGGGGUUCCACUUGUCUAUGCCAAGGGUGAUAUACAAUGCUGGAACGGCUUCUGGCCCUGACCCCUUUCUAAGGAGGAGCAACCUCAUCUCCAUCUUCGAUUUAACUUAUAGCACCAUUUGCAUUGAUAGCGCUCUUAUCAGACCGGAAACAAACUCAAACAGUAUGGCCGAGAUUGACACAUCAGUCUGGUACAAAGCAGAUAUUGGCCCUCGCCUCAGCCAGCCCAUGCGGGAUAUUUUCUGUCAAUGGAGCGGUGUAAGCGAGGGUGAGCUUGACGCCCAUCUUCACACUGUGCGAGACAAAGCGUGGCAGUACGGCAAAUACCCCUGCGUAGGCCAGUGGAUGUUCUUACUCCCCGGCAUUGCCAAGUUCCCCCAAUUCCCUGCUGUCGUCGAUCGCGCCCUCCAACCAAGCACAACCAUCAUCGAUCUCGGCACAGGGCUAGGCCAGAAUCUGCGUCUGCUCGCCGCGAAUGGGGUCUCUCCGUCUCAGAUGUGGGCCCUCGAUCUCAGUCCCGAGUUGUGGCAGUUAGGUUACGAACUGUUCAACGAUAGCGAUCGAAUGAAGGCUGUCUCGUUUAUCCCCGCCCACUUCCUCACCGAUGAACCGGAGCAGCUGAAAAAGCUCCGCGGAAAGAUAGACAUCAUGAUCGCGGGGCAAUUUCUCCAUCUCUUUUCCUGGCAGGGGCAGAUUGACGCUGGAAAGCGGAUUGUUGAGCUGUCCCGGCCAGGUACCAUCCUUAUUGGAUAUCAGCAGUCGCGUCGUGCCGCGAGAGAAUACAUCCGGCCCUGGGGGAUGAUGUUUUACCAUAAUCUAGAGAGUUUUCAGAAGCUCUGGGCGCAUGUGUCGGCAGAGUCAGGGACAGAGUGGAAGGUUGAAGCCACAUUGGUGGAUUUGGCAGAUUGGGGUAUGGAGACCGAAGAUACCCAGUGGAUGCCGCCAGACCACCAGGGGUUGAACUUCUAUCUGAGUCGGGUGCGAUGA